CUCUCACUCUCACUCCAAUUGAACUGAACGGCAGAGCGGCAGCUGCAGCUUACAGAGUUUUCACUGCCACCGAGCCUCUCGCCGGUUCCCAUGCGUCCCUCGCUCGCCUGUCGCCUCCGUCCGUGUCGCGUCUUCACUGCCUUUGCGGGCUGUGCUUCGCGUGUCGUGUCCGCCGCAGUGGGUCGCCUUCACUGCUGUGCUUCGCCGUGAGCUCGCUUCUCUGUCUCCUUCUUUUCUGCGUGCCGUCAGCUGUGAGCCCGUGGCUUCUCUUCUCUGUUGAGGAAAGCAAACAAAAGCAUUAGGAAGAAGGAUAUAGUGACACGUGGAGCUAUAUGUCUGCAUUUUGAGGAAAUGAAUAGUACUAACCAACCAUAGCCACAAAACUGAGGGUUUGGGCCUUCGUCCAAUUUUCAGUGACUGCAAGUCACAGCACAGAAUUUCCCUGCCACUAGACCUUUGCCCACCCCAACCAUUCAAUUCACCAGCCACUUCUGCCUUACUCCAACAGUUUCCAAUUCUUUCUUCUCUCCCUUCAAAAAUUUACUCCUUUUUCAUUAACCCAUAGCUCUGAGUUUGACCUAUUUUGACAGCUCUACCGUUUAAACUUGCAUCGGAUUUACCUCCUCUGUUAAAUUCCAUAUACUUGGAGGAGACAUGGCUCUGAUGAGGUUUCAUCGUGUGAAGCAGAUUUCGAAGUUUCUAACACCUCUUCUUACCACAGGUGAUUGCUAUCAACAAUCUGGCAAAGUGUUCAACUUAGAAGGUUUGUCUGUAAUACCCACUCUCUCUGCUCAGAAGCUAAUUACUAAUGGGAUUCAAGUCAGAGAAUUUCACGAACAAAGGUUCUCAACAAUGGCUGAUGCAUCACAUGAACCUGCCCUUGAAAUUGACCUCUUGUCUUUCAUUAGAGCUUCAUUGGAUGAGUUUGAAGGAACCCAUCAUUGUUGGUUGAAUCUAUCUAACAAAGAUAAGCAACCUUUUGGGGGUGAUGGAGUCUUCUUGAUUCUUGCUUUAGAUUUGGACCAUCAAAUUUUGCUUGAAAAAUUGAAGACUAUCCAGAAGAGAUUCAAGAAGGAUAUGUGCCCCCAUAUUUUCAUUAUGUGCUCAAAACCAACCCAUCCUUCUGUCGAUCGACUUCAGCUGGCCCAUUUAGUGAUGACAGAAAAUAUCACGGUUCCCAUUUUGUUGUCUCAACAGACAUUUCCCGAGCUAGAGAAAGGUGCAAGGUACAUCUUAUUUAAAAAAGUUACAAGCCCAGUUAUUUAUCAUGAGAAGGUGGAUCUUGAAGUUUUAUACCAAGCUGUUCAGGAGUUACAGAUGCAACCUGAUGGUGAAUCCAAGUCAUCUGAUGUAUUGAAGUCUCCAUCUUGGAAGCAAAAUGGGAGCAACAAGGAUCAAUAUAUUUGUUAUCCUAUUCAGAAUUUACUUCUCUCUUAUCCAGGUUGCGUCUCUGCAGAUGACAGCUUGAACCGCCUCUUCUUUUCAGACUGCAAUCAUCAUAGGAUUGUUAUAUCAGAUGACAAUGGAGAGAUUCUGGACUGUAUUGGUUCUUCUCCAGGAUUUGAGGAUGGAGAUUUUGGAUCUGCUAAAUUAGGGCGCCCUGCAGGUUCUUAUUACCAUGCUGAGGAGGAUUGCUUAUAUUUUGUUGAUUCAGAGAAUCAUGCUAUCAGGAAAGCUGAUCUGGGUGGCCGAUUAGUGGAGACACUUUAUCCUGCCACUGCCUCUAGCAAACGUUUUCACCUAUGGAAUUGGAUCAGGAAUAAGCUUGGUUUAGAAAACAGUGAGGAGACCAAUGCUGAGGAAACAUAUGAAGUAUUGGAUUCUGAAUCACUAUAUUUCCCUUGGUAUCUGCUGAAAUCAGUUGAUGACACAUUUUACAUUAUAGAUCGCAGCUUUCAAACUUUAUGGACCAUGGAUAUUGGUUCAGGAAAGAUAGAUAAAGUUUAUAAAGGUUCUUCCACAAUCCUGGAGAUCUGCAGACAGCAGAUCACAGAAAACUUAUCUAUCCUAGAUCAAGUUCCCUCUGAUUGGUUUAAACAUCAAAAUCAACAUGCUUGCUUGCUGGAAGGCAUCCCAAACUCUGAUCUUUUAGCGUCAGUGACAACCCUACAGAAUCAUGUUAUUAUUUGUGAUACAGUUGGACAGAGGAUUAUGAAGGUUGACAGAGAAUCAAUGGUGUUUUCAGACUUCAAGUUGUCUAAUUUAGGGAUACUUGGAUUACCAUAUUGGUUGAAUUCCCCUCUUGAAACAUUUUAUGCUGCUGAAAAUGGACUCUUGGCCACGACAGUAGAUCAUCUGCAGCAUUUUCAGUUGCCACCAGGCAAGGUUUACAUAAAGUUGGGUGUGGAGAUUUCUGCUGAUGUUGAACUUGUAGAACCAUUACAAGAAUCCUGUAUAUGGCGACAAGCUAGAGGUUCAGCUACUGAAAUUUCUGGAAUUGAUGAUGGUCUAGGAUCCAUAGACAAGGCUGGUGUUGCACAACAGUGGUACGAUGAACUGGAUGAUCUUGCCGCUCCUAAACCCGAAACAGAAAUGGUUGUUGAAGAUGAUAAUCUGAAUCACAAUUUGGUUGUUGACGAUGAGAAAAUUUGCAUCAACUGUUGUGUUUGCAAUAGCCCUGGAACAAGUGAGGUUAUUAUUUACGGGGUACUAUAUUGUAAACUUAGAAAAGUACCAGACUCGAACGAGGGCAACCGGGAGAAAUAUGCAGCAAGGAUAGUAGAUAUUUUGAGCUCUAAGAAAUGUGGGAAAACAGAGAGAGAUUUAUGGAGUGCAUUUUUGUUGCAAUCAAAGGGUGAUCUUAGAGACCUUGUCUUCAUGAAACCCAUACACAUCAGAGUAAGGUUAAGUACUCUUGAUCAUCCUAAGGCUGAUAAUGGAAGAGACAUUAUCUCAACAGAUUCUUCAAUUGAGGUGAAGGUAUUUCUGAAAUAACACACUAGGUUCAGUUGCACAAUUGCAACUUUUCUGUAUUUGUUUUUUUAUACACCUUGCUCUAUUGUUGGGUUUAUGAUUACGUAGUAUUUAGUGGCCAUUUUCUAGCUGCUAUUUACGGAUAGAAUUGGCUAUAACACACUUUAAAUUAUGGUCUUAUUCGUUUCAGUUGGAUAUGUUUGGUAAUAAAUCUAGACAUUCAGCGUAUGUUAUCUUUUGUAUGACUUUGAAUAGAGAAAGUAUCACAUGAGAGAAUAGAGUUAAUGCUCAAAAUGUUGCUUAAAAAUUGAGGGAAUUUGAUUUGUAAUG